CGCCGGAGCUGCAGCCAGGAACGCGUUGCACCGCGCAGGGCGCCACCCCGCCGGCCGCAGGACGGAGGCAGGCGCCAGCCUCAGCAAAGGGGAAACCCAGCAGCGUUGACUCGCCCGGACCUCGAUCGACCUCGCCACGGUCACCCGGCACCGGCUGCCACCCACCGGCUAACCCCCGGUCUCUCCAGGCCUUUCCCCCCGCCUCCGGCCCCGCCCGGCCGCACCCCGGGGCUGCGCGGCGUCACAGAGCGCAUGCGUGCCGCGGGGGAUGCCGGGAGCGCGCAGUGGCGGCAGCGGUAGCGGCGGCGACGGCAGUAACAGCGGCCGCUCGAGCGGGGACAGCGGCGGGGCGGUGACCGUGUGGGAGGUGGUCUCACUCUUGGGGAAAUUGCUGGGGACCGUCGCCGCGCUGAAGGUGGUUCUGUACCUGCUCCGGGUGUGCUUCGCGAUGGCCUGGAAAUCCGGCGGCGCCAGCCACUCGGAGCUAAUCCACAACCUCCGCAAGAAUGGAAUCAUCAAGACAGAUAAAGUGUUUGAAGUGAUGCUGGCUACAGACCGCUCCCACUAUGCAAAAUCAAACCCUUACAUGGAUUCUCCACAGUCAAUAGGUUUCCAAGCUACAAUUAGCGCUCCUCACAUGCAUGCAUACGCACUAGAACUUCUCUUUGACCAGUUGCAUGAAGGUGCUAAAGCCCUGGAUGUCGGGUCUGGAAGCGGGAUCCUCACCGCCUGUUUUGCACGGAUGGUUGGACAAAAUGGGAAAGUCAUAGGAAUUGAUCACAUUAAAGAACUAGUAGAUGACUCAAUAAAUAAUGUGAAAAAGGACGACCCGAUGCUUCUGACCUCGGGGCGAGUACGGCUGGUUGUGGGUGACGGAAGAAUGGGAUACGCUGAAGAAGCCCCAUACGACGCUAUCCAUGUAGGAGCUGCAGCCCCAGUUGUGCCUCAGGCACUAAUAGACCAGUUAAAGCCUGGUGGAAGAUUGAUAUUGCCAGUCGGUCCUGCAGGAGGAAACCAAAUGUUGGAGCAGUAUGAUAAACUACAAGACGGCAGUGUCAAAAUGAAGCCUCUGAUGGGGGUGAUAUAUGUGCCUUUAACAGAUAAAGAAAAGCAGUGGUCCAGGGAUGAACUGUAAAAGCAACAUGAGCUUGACCAGUCUAUAACAUUGCAGUGGAUUGCUCAUCUCGGUCCUUAAAGCAUUUGAAAACCAACAGCAUCACAGCUUGUUUUGGACUUCGUUACACUCUUAUUUUCAGCAUGAAAAUGUGUGGUUUUGUAGGAUUUCCUAAUUCAGAGAGGCUCAGAGCCAAGGUUGCAGAGAGGACAGCAAAGUAUACCUUUGUGUGUUGUUUUAACACGCCCACAUUUUACUUUAAAAAUAUUAAAAGAAAGGGUUCUCCACGUGGAGAGCUUAGUUUGUAAAUUAGUUUUGAGGAGUGGCUUUGCUUUUCUUGAACACUUAAUUCUGUUCCAAUAUUAAUUUAUCAGAUUCCUUUUGUGCAUCAGAUAACACCACCAUUCACAAGUUUAGGUUUCUUGGUAGCCAAUGUCUGUUAGAUGCUACUAAGAAAAUAGAGAUGAGCUUUCUUUUUAAAGCUUUUGAUGUGGUGUCAUAGGAUAGCAUGUUGUAGAUACAAUCAGCUGCUGUUACCUUAAAACUAGGUGUUUGUAAAUACUGAAACUUAAGACGACGGCAGGUGGUGUCCUGUAAACACUCAGCUGUUCAGAUUGGACAUCUCGGAUGUAAUUUUCCCCUCUCUAAAAAUGAUAGGAGGUUGUAGCUCAAUAUCGUUUUCUGUUUCUAGUUUGCUGCUGAUUCUGUAUCUGCGCCUAACACUGUGUGAACUGUGCUAGUCUGCACAGUUUCCGCAGCGCUGCUUUGCCAAAUAAACUUAAAAGCAAAAGAAGCGUUGGUGGCGUUUGAAUCUACAAGAACAGAGCUCUGCCAGGUCCAGAUGCUGCCCACAGCCAUGAGGGAAACUGUCUCUUCUGCUGCUGCGUGUUGUGAAUCCUAGGAGGUAAAUAUGCAGAGCAUUAGUCCACAGUACAUGGCUGCAUUUCUUCAGGACAGAGACUGUGCAUUCAUUGUUUCUCACUGCCUUCCCAGCCCAGGGCUUGCUGUAUAGUAGCUCUGUAUUAAAUGCCCAGUGAGUGAGUGGCUGAAUUUAGUAUUGGGGAAGAAUGUGAUUGAGAAUAAACAUACCAAAACCUAUGUUUCAUCUGUAAAUAGACUCAUUAAUAACUGUAAAGUGUGUGUCUGUGAAGGCAAAGGCACUUUGAGGAUCUUAUUUAAAUAUGGUUUUAUAUUUUCUAAGAAGACUUUAGUUUUUAUGAAGAUUCUAGAACUUGAGGGAAGAUUGCAGCUUCUGAUGGGUGGGACUAGCAUCAUCCCCAGCCAGCAGAGCCUUCCUCCCAAGUGAAAGGCACAUGAUUCUUAGUGUGUGAGAAACCCUUCCCUACUCUUCAAGUCUUAUAUCACUAACUUAGAAGUUGUGCAGACAUCAUCUCACAAGUGUCUUCUUGGCUGAGGUCUCAGUCACAGGAAACUAGCAGUCUGUGGCCCCACAGACUUGAAAAUCUUAACCAGCUUCGGAUUGCUGCUGGUUGUUGCUUUGGAAUCCUGGCAGUGAACUCUGGUGUCCAGGAUGCAUGGUCAUUUGAAGUAUGUGUAAAGGUCAAAUGUUCUUUCAGGCUUGAAAGCAAAUGAAUUCUUAAACGUACCCACUAGUCGGGAUCCUUGAGAGGGUCACUACACCUUAUUACAUGCAGAUCUCUACACUAGGUUUUGGAAUAGAAAAAGGCAUUUCCACCCCAGUAGUUUUCAGACUAGUUGAUGAGAUAGUUAAUAAAUAAGCAUCAUAAAUUGCUACCCAAUUUGUAUAGAAAAUGUGCCCAAAUGUUGUUCUUGUGCUUUACACUUUUAGGAGACGAAAUUUUAGGAUACCGGAUAAACAGCCAAUUUUAAUAGAGCAUCAUUAAGUGGGUAGAGAUGGAAAUAAUGAUUUUAAUGAAGUCUGAGCCUUUAAAAAGAGUUGAAUUUAUGUAUUUGUAUAGGAGAGAUAAGAAAUGUCUGAUAUUUAGUAUAUACAAUUUCUGAAGCAUUUUAUUUUUCCUUAAUAGAAAUUAUGCCUGUAUAUAACAUAAAGGGCAGUGAAGACACUUCAAGAAGUUCUAGGCUAGUGUGAUCUUGUGAAAUAAAUUUUUCCUAUAGAUUUGAUCUUACGAAAAGCCAAACCAGCCUGUCAGACUUUGGUGGCAAUAAGCUUAUGUCAGGGUUCAGUUUCUAUUAAGGGUUGCUGCUCUUUCCCAGCCAGGAACUGGACAGAACUACAUCUGGGGAAAAUUAUUCAUAACCACUGUCCGUGUGAACACUUAAACCUCAUUCCCCUACUAACUGCCAUUGGUUUUUGCUUUUUGGUGUGUGUGGGGGGCCUUGCUGCCAAGCCUGAGGACCUGAGUUUCAACCCCAAGACCCACAUGGUAGCAGGAGAAAACUGACCCCUGCAGAUUGCUCUCUGACCUUCACACACAUUGUGGCGGAGGUGGGAGGAUCACAAGUCUUCCUCAGCUACACAGCAAGUUGGAGGCCAGCAUGGACUCUAUGAGACCUGCCUUUGAAAAAGAGAAAAGAAAGUUCCCACAGUGCGUCUCUUUACUAAUACACCUUAGAAUUCAGUGGAGUCUAAAAGAGUAAGUUUUUAGUAAUAACUUUGUAAACUCUUCAAGGGAUUCUUAGUUUGUGUGUGUUUACCACCUAGGAAGUGUAAUUCCUUGGAGUUUGUAAGGCCUUUUUUUCUGUAGAAGAAGUAGGCUUUCCUAGUUUCUAGUUUAGUGUGCCACUAAAGGAACUCAUGCCAGUGUGGUAACCUAGCACUAAUAAGAUAGCAAGCAUGGGCCAUUUUAUAAAUUGUUCUAGAAUUCAACCGGCUAAUAACUUAUUUUAGGUAAGUGCUAAAAUUCUUGCAGCAUCUAAGUCAUUUCUUAUAGCUUACUGUAUUCCUGAUGACCUAAUAGCUUACUAUGUUCCUGAUGACUUAAUAGCUUAUUGUGUUCCUGAUGACCUAAUAGCUUAGUGUGUUCUCUAGUGAAGAGCUCUGACUGGAGUUUGGUUGCAUCUAUGGAUUUCUCCUGCCCUUUUUCAGAAAGAUGGCAGUAUUUUGUCCUUAGUGUACUUAAAGGCUGUCAGUAAAAGGAUCCGCUUAAAAGGGGACUGGCCCAAGGAAGCCUGUGACUGUGCAUUGUAAUAUAAUAAAAUGGAAAUGAAGCCUAA